CUUCCUUUUUCCCCACCCAAAAUUCAUUUCCUCGUAGUUGAUUACCUGGGAUUUUGAUGCCUGUGUUCCCUCAGCAUUAUUGAUACACAUGGGGGAAAAAAAAAAAGGAACUUCUUGAAAUUCCCCUAGAAGGUUUUGAGAGUUGUUUUCAGUGUUGCAACUUGAACAAGUCAGUUUCUAGUUUAAGUUACCAUCGGAAAGCUUGGUAGGAGUCAGAUAUAUAAGCUCCAGUAACAGUAGCAGCAGCAGCAGAAGAAGAAACAACAGCUUCAGACCCAGCGAACCCUGCUGCCUAGCCAGAAGCAAGAUGCACCCAUGGCAGCUGGUCAUCUCCUGGAUUUCCCUGGGUUUGCUGGCAUCUCCCCUUAUGGCCAUUUGGGAACUGGAGAAAAAUGUUUAUGUUGUAGAGUUGGAUUGGCACCCGGACGCCCCCGGAGAAAUGGUGGUCCUCACCUGCCAAACCCCUGAAGAAGAUGACAUCACCUGGACCUCGGACCAGAGCAGUGACGUCUUAGGCUCCGGUAAAACUCUGACCAUUCAAGUCAAAGAAUUUGGAGAUGCUGGCCGGUAUACCUGUCAUAAAGGAGGCAAGGUUCUGAGCCAUUCGCUCCUGCUGAUUCACAAAAAGGAAGACGGAAUUUGGUCCACUGAUAUCUUAAAGGAACAGAAAGAAUCCAAAAAUAAGAUCUUUCUAAAAUGUGAGGCAAAGAAUUAUUCUGGACGUUUCACCUGCUGGUGGCUGACAGCAAUCAGUACUGACUUGAAAUUCAGUGUCAAAAGCAGCAGAGGCCUCUCUGACCCCCAAGGCGUGACGUGUGGAGCAGUGACGCUCUCAGCAGAGAGGGUCAAAGUGGACAACAGGGAUUAUAAAAAGUACACGGUGGAAUGUCAGGAGGGCAGUGCCUGCCCUGCCGCCGAGGAGAGCCUGCCCAUCGAGGUCGUGGUGGGUGCUAUUCACAAGCUCAAGUAUGAAAACUACACCAGCAGCUUCUUCAUCAGGGACAUCAUCAAACCGGACCCACCCAUGAACCUGCAGCUGAAGCCGUUACAAAAUUCUCGGCAUGUGGAGGUCAGCUGGGAUUACCCCGACACCUGGAGCACCCCGCAUUCCUACUUCUCCCUGACGUUCUGCGUACAGGGCCAGGGCAAGAACAAUAGGGAGAAGAAAGAGAGACUCUGCGUGGACAAAACCUCAGCCAAGGUCACGUGCCAUAAGGAUGCCAAGAUCCGCGUGCAAGCCCGAGACCGCUACUAUAGCUCAUCCUGGAGCAACUGGGCAUCUGUGUCCUGCAGUUAGGUUCCAAUGCCAGGAUGAAACCUUAAAGGGAAAGUGGAAGUUAUUAUGCAACAUUUUCUAAAGACUCAAUAGAAUAGGCCCCCAAAAGUUAUUUGCUACCUAAUUUGCUUUUUGUAAAGGAUCGUGAUCAUGUCUUUGCAGUAUUUUUACAUUUACAUGCCAAAUGGCCGCUGAAAUAAUCAGCUCCUUUAUUUAUAGGUUUUCCAGUGACCAGGUUGCCACUGACCUUAAUGCUAUUUAAAUAUUUAAGUAAUUUAUGUAUUUAUUAAUUUAUUAUUUUUAUUGAACACUUGUGUGCAAGAUGUAUUGUAUGUUUUCUACUCUCAGGACCUGAUCUGUAAGGAAGAGGCCCUGUUAUGCAAAAUGUGAAAUUAUGUGUUAUUUUAUACUGACAGCUUCUCAAGUGAGACUACAAGUACUUCUGUUUUAUGACAACCAGUGAGAGCACAAUGUUCUGAUGCCAGCACCAUGAUAUAUUUGUGAUGAACACAGAAAUAGUUAAAUAGAGGCAUGGAGACAUGGAUUCAUUUGAGAAGGUUCUGGAGAUGGAGAUGUUAGUUUCUGUAUCCAUGAAGACUUCCUGGAGGUGGUGUUGGUAAAGCAGUGCAGGGCCACCUGCCCUUCUAAGCAGGUUUAGGUUUUGGAUGCCUACAUUUAGAAAGGGCUGAAAAAAUAGCAGAAGUCAAAAUUCGGCUUCCACCACAGGGGCAGUCCUUAACGCCAUCCAUCUGUAAGACUUAGAAGAGGGACCAGAGACAUUUUAAGUGUCUGGAAAGUAAAAAGUUCUUAGGAUUCAGGAAGGAGAACCAGUAGGGCCGACAGAUUCACCAGCUGCUCCUUAAUAGCCACGCAGGAAAGCACACAGCUGCAAAGAAAAUGAUCACGAAUUGCUUACUUGUCAGAGUAAGAGAAGCUGACCAGUGGGAUGUGACCAGAAGGUGCCCAGCACU